AAUCAAGUACCACAAACGAGGGAAGAUCUCAUCUGCACCACCAACUCAUAUAUGCGUGUGAAGAAUGAUACUGAAGAGUCUUAGUCGACCUGAUCCUUCUUCUUCUUCUCGGACUACUGGCAGGAAUGGCAACGACCGACGAGGAACUCUCGAGCGAUGAGAGGCCGAGAAGAAGCGGCCUGUCCAGAUCGCAGAGUCUGCCGCAGUUGUCUCAUCAUGAUUCCGGCCUGGGGAGUUAUUAUGGGGGAUCUGGUGUGGAAGAUCCUCCAGCAAGUCGAGCAGUACGACUGGUUGCAGAUUUGAGACAGCUUCUGACCCUGAAACAGCAUUACUACCCCGAAGGCGGAUGGGGGUGGGUGGUGCUAGUCUGUGCCGUCAUCAUACACAUCAUAGGCCAGGGGAUGGUAACUUCGGCGGGAUACUUUUAUUUGGAGAUUCUCGAAAAGUUUGGCAAGGCGGUGAAGGAACCCACAGGAUGGUUGGGAGCAAUGUCUACCGGCGUUGCCCUCCUCAUCUCCCCUGUAACGAUAGCGUUCUGCAGACGCAAAUCCACCAGAGUGACUGCCGUUAUGGGAGGCCUCAUCACAGCUCUAGGAUGCCUGUUCACAUCCUUUGCUACUCAAUUCCAUCAGUUAUUCUUUAGCUAUGGCACCGUAGUCGGCAUAGGCGUAGGGAUAACCAGGGAUUGCUCGACUCUGAUGGUUGCCCAGUACUUUAAGAGAAGGAGAGAAUUUGUGGAAAUCUUUAUAGUAUCUGGAAGUGGACUCGGGAUUUCCACAAUGUCGCUCAUCAUCCGGAACACUAUAGGGACCCUCGGAUGGCGACUUGGUCUGCAAGUAGUAACUGGAGCUAUAUCCAUCACCUUCAUCCUGGGAACAUUUUAUCGCUCAGCUUCCCUCUAUCACCCACAAAGACGCGCCAUACUCCACAUAAAGAACCAAAAGCGAAAAAUCAAAGACAAAAAUAAGUUUGAAGACAAAGUUCCUUUCUUCGACUUCAGCACGCUGAAGAGCAAAACCGUUCGAAUUCUACUGAUCUCCACAGGAAUAAGCGCUUUCGGGAUCAACACGCCCCUAUUCUACUUAGCUUAUCAAGCGGAAGUGGAAGGUCUCGGCGAUUCCACGAUUUUCCUCCAGAUGUACUUGGGGUUGGCCUGGACCGUUGGUUGCGUCGUCUUCAGCACUCUGGUGCUGCACAGUUCUACGGAGUGUAGAAUAGCCAGGCAGUACCUCUGUCAGACUGCGGUGUGUAUGUGUGGUUUGUCAAUUCUCGCUUUCACUGUUGUCAGUGGAAACUAUCACGCAUAUGUUAUGUUUGCUUGGAUAUAUGGAAUCUUCUGUGGCGGAUAUCAUUAUUCCCUGAAGAUGUACACAUAUGAACGAGUGAGGGCCCGAAACUUUGCAAGGACAUGGGGAUUCGUUCAGUGUUCACAAGCAAUACCGAUAGCCUUCGGUGUUCCAUUUUCAGGGUACAUGAACGAAAAAUGUGGAGAUCGAGCAGGCUAUUACUUCAGCUCAACUUGCGUCCUGAUAGGCAGCUUGACGCUCUUUCUCAUCGAUCUGCACCGGAGGAAAAUUUCCCGACACAAACACACUCGUGAAAAUGGAACCCGACACCUCUGUGUGUCUGAAACCUGUCCGCAGAGGCGAAAACUUUCCUUCUCGCAAGAACCAGAUAACAACGAAGGAGGAGUCACGGCCGGAGCAGCAGCAGCCGCUUUGGUGCUGGGAGCUGACUUGGGGGGUCACCAGGGAGGAGCGCUGCUAGAGAAUAUAGUCUUGUCGAAUGAAAAGCCAGAACUGACUUGCAUUUCUGAAGAAGGUAUCGCCGAUAUGGACCUCCCAGACAACCUCCUCGAUGACUUGGACUACAUAGGAGACUGCAUUACGUCCUGUAAUAAAGUAGAGAAUUAUUUAAUGCUUAGUGAAUUCGAAAAUAACCUAAUUGCCGAAAUGCCUGUGAUACUGGACAGGAAAGGUAGACGAUGGUCUUUGGCCAGGUCCAAAGUUCCGCCAAACAACGAAGAAGUAACGAACGAAGAAGAGAACGGAGUAUCAAAAGGAAACGGCAGAUGGAAAGUUUUUCCCAAUAGAGUAAUCACCGUCAUAGAUGAGUCAUCUGUUUAGAUGUGUUCGAGAAUAUGAGUCACAGAUAUGAAAUGAAACAUAAUUUCAGAUAGUGUUGCAUAUAAAGUUGGAAGUUUAUAUAAAUGAGGGGUUCCUCUUGUAUUGGGACUAAAAAACUGUUUUCGAUAGAUGUAGCUUAUCUCCCACAUUUUUAAUGAAAGAUAAGCGAGCCCUCCUUUCGGUUUACUACUUUCAUUUUUGUCUGUCAAUUUUCAAUAUUCCUUCUCCAUAAGGAGUUAUAAAUGUACAGCUUUUUGAGAAGGGGUAGAUUGUUAAUGGUUUCUUUGCUUUCCAUUUUCUUGGAACUACUUUGCUUCGUUGCAUUUUGGGCAGAAUAUUCGGAUCGUAAGCAUACCGGAAGUUUUGUUUCUUAGUUUGAAGUAGAACGUUACCAGUAGAAUAAAGUUUAAGUGAACAGUUGUCCUUCAAAAGGGCCAUUUCAGCAACUCUGGUCGAUUUUAAACAGUUCAGAAUGAGACAUUUCGUAGUCACAAAAAUGCCUCUCUUAAUUCAGAAACGAGCUGCAUCAGGAUUUGCUCGAAGAUUUUAUGCAUAUAUGUAUGCAAUAUUCUAAAGACUAAUACAAUUACAGAAAUCUGUACAAUUUUUUAAUUUGAAACAGUAUUUAGUGUUUCUGAAAAUAUAUCUUUCGAAUUUCCAGCAGAAUCUCCAUGAAUCCAUGAAGAAUACCAGUGUUGAUCUUGAAACUAUCAGAGAACCAUCGUCAGGCAUUCGUAAAUGAUAAAGGAUACCUGUUUGCUUUUGUUCCGAAACACUAUAAUCAUUCAGAUAUAUAUUGACUCAAAACAAUGUCAAUAAUAAUGACUCUCCACAUCACUGAUAGUUCAGACACUCGUCUCUAGAUCCUCUUACUCUCAAUCGAAAAACCAACGAAGAGUCUUAGAUCAAUCUGAUUCAUCCAUUCUUUCAAUCCGCAUCUGACUCAAGUCAGAUGCGGAAUAUUUUCCUUGUGUGUUUCCGAUGACACUUUAUAUCCAAGAACCCUGAUAGAGGAAAGUUUCAACUGUUAUAACUCCAUAUUUAGAACAUGUGCAGUUAUCAUGAUGAGAUCAUUUGAUGGGAGUAUCAGCUGGCAGAAAAUGCCUGAAGAUCAUUAUAAAUAAUCUCUCAAAGAUUAAUUUGGAAUGAUACUAUAUUUUUUCUCCACAACAAAAAGCUUUGAUUGUCGAAACAUCCUACUGCUCGACUACCGUCGAGACUAUCUGUAACUGAUGCUCUCAGCGUAACCAGUUGAUGCAUUAUCUUAUUUCUUUCAAAUUCACAACUGGAAUCUUCUUCUGAUAGCAGUGGGCCAACUUUAUAACAGUAAUGCUUCUUUCACCAAACGCCUCAUUUAAUGUACCCUUGGUGAGGAGGUUUACAAGAUUGAGGUGGCUUGUUUUCAUUGUCUACCAUGACCUUUUAGAACAACUUUUUCAUUUUUGGUAUUUCAACUACAGAAUCAUCUAAAAAACUAUGGAAUCCUCUGUUAGUGGAUGCACUAAAAAUAACAAUUAGUAUCACCGUUUAUUUCAUGAAAUCAUAUGAUUAGAAAGUUCAUUCCAUUUCUAACUACAGGUCUACUCAACUAGAAUAUCAGUUUUCAUGGGUCAUGUAUGCAAUUCUGUUGAUCUCUGGUAAUAUUAGGAUGCAUCAGCUUCUGUUGGAGUGUAUUCAUGAUAUGAGUUUUAUGUCAAUCCAAUAGAUGACUCCUUUUCAAGAGGUGUAGUCCUUAUUACUGCUCGUUCUACUGCUUUCUGAAAUAUGGCUUUGAAAACCUCAAUGACCUGUAGUGCGGAUCCGUUGCUCUCUGGCUGUAAGGUUAUUUCUCAAUUUUGUCAUUUGCAAAUUUGUAAUACACGACCUAAGUAUAAAUCUAAGCUCAUUUUUACCGCUUGGUACCUAUAGUCAAUUUUUUAUGAUUUGAAUUCGUUCCAUCAACCCCUCAAAGGUUCAAUAUUUUGACUGUUCUCCAUUAAAAUCGUCUAUAUCAUCUUCCUAGUUGAGUUCUUCGUUCUAUUAUAUUCCUCUGACACUGCACCUUUGUUUUUUCAUAUACUCGUAGAAGUAGGUCCAAGCUCAAGCUUUUGAAAAGACUGACCAAUAUUUUGAUAUUGGAAAACAAAAUUUAUUUCAUAUUUGUGAUUCUCUGUGUUCUAUAAUACUACUGCCAAUAGAACUACUGUAUUAGAUUUAGAUACUCGAUAGGAACAAUGUGCACAGUAUUCAGCGUGAAAUUUAGAAAUGUGAUUUUUCAACAAUUUCCUUCAAGUCGGAAUUGUCAAAGAAAAGAAACGAAGAAUCCAACAACUUCUUUCAUUUUAAUUGGCACUGAAUCCGUCCCCACUUUGUCAGUGCAAUGAACGUAUAAUAUAGGCCUUUAGCAGAGGCAGAAAGUUCUGCAAAAUCACGCUGAAUAUAUGGUGCUUCUCACGUUUCUCAUAUUUCCAAUAGAAGUCAUUUUGUACGUCGCUGUUUUCACAUAAUUUUCUGCUGAAUAUAAAACCUAAACUAUUCUUAUCAUUAGGAGUAUAGAACCAUUGAUAAAAAGAUGUAUUCUCCACUUGAAACUAUGGAGAGUGAAGGUAAAGUGAACCAUGCUAGAUUAAUUUUUCGGGAUUUUUUUAACAUGUCGCUAGUUUACAGAAUCACCAUUUUCAUUCAACAUGUUACGUUCAAAGUUGUGCAUUGAUAUUUUCGCUUCAAUAUGAUGUUCUGGUGUACUUCGCUAUGCCGAUUCAAUAAACAUUCAGCUUUGUUUUUCGAGUUGAAUGCCUCACCUGCGUCCUGUGCCUUUAUUUCAAAAUAGCUUCGAUGACAACUGAACGAACAGGCCUUUCCCAGCUGCCGUUCAUGUGUGGUGUGGCCGAGCUACCAAAUCUGAAAGAAAUGUCCCUUAAAGAGAAUGUUUCAACUAGUUCAUCUUCAUUGAGUGGAAGUUUGAUGUAUUUACCCAGCGAAUUUAUUUCCAAUAGCCCCUUCUUCCAAUUAGUUCUUAAUUAGGGAUUAUCGCUGAAUCGGUUCAUAGUGAGUUUUCCAAUUCUAGAUGUACUGCUCGUGUUCUGAAGCAGGUGAAAAGAACGCCAUAUCUUUUCUCCCUUCUUCUUCCAAUCUAGAGGUCGAAAAUAAUCCAUUUCUGCAAAUGUAAAGGAUCUGACAAAAAUUUUCGAUCUGCAUUCUGUUGAAGAUGCCAAUUCAGGGCGGAAAGGUUUCGCACAUCUGGAAUGAAUUCCAACAACAUCGCGAUCAUAAAAUAUGACAUUCUUGGAAUUUAAAAUAUUCCAAGUUCCAUUGAUGCCCAUUUAUUUUCAAAAAUAGGAGGUUUUUUAUGCAAAUGUAACUUUCUUUCCUGGCAAUGAUUUGGCUGAAUCUUGUAACAUCGUCAGCGAUGUUCUCUUCGAUGGAAAUUCGGUUCCAGUCGUCUAUAUCUGUUUUUUCUUAUAUUUUGGCUGCUCUAUCGCAACAAAGGGUUAAUAUUUGUAGGACAUCCCCAAUUUCAGCCAGCUAAUCACUGUCUUUAAGUCUGACCAAAAAUUAAAAAAUCAAAUUUAAAAUUAUGGUUUUCUAAAAUGAGUUUCGUGAAUCUACUUGCCAAAACAGCAGCUUGUAGUUCCAUUUUUUAAUGGAAGUAGGUUUCAUUGAAGCUACUCCUGAUUUGGCUAUCCUGAAUGAAACACAAAUGUUAUUUUGGAAAACUGCUCAGAUAUAGGCUUGAGCUGCAUAUGCUUUUGCACUUGCUUCACACGAGUUUUCAGAUUCCUUCAACCGUUUCUUCCAUUCUCCACUUAUUUUCGAGUACAGUUUCUCAUCCCAACCUAAACCAGAAUACAAAAUAUCUCUCAUCAAUAUUUUUUCUCUGAUGAAAAAUUUUUGGAGGAAACUUGAUGGAUCAAACCAUUAUCCUUACUCUUUCAGUAUUUUUCUUUUCAUUUUCAAGAAAAUCUUUAAAGUUUCCAUAUUAAAACACAAUUCAUCAUUUUGUCCUGGGAAGUCCUGGGAAGCUAAUUGAAUGAAUUUGAUUUCUCCUUACUGGAAUGGAAUAGCCAAUAGUAAUAAUCAAUGGUGAUUAUUGUUUUUUACAAAAAUAAUAUUACUUCAUUGAGGAAAGGAGGAUGAACAAAGAGAUCAUAUUUGAAAUGUGAGAAACUCUGUAAAGAAUAGUCUGAUAUUUGUAAUCGAUGUAUCAUCAUUAGAACAAAUGCUGCAUUGUAUAUUGAAUGAUAGUAUAGUAAUUUAUAUCAGUAAUAAAAGGUAUUAUUCGACUU